AUGGCCAGAACUUUGUGGCCCCUUCAGGCCAUCUGGCUUCUGGAGUGUUUGCAACUGUUCUUGGGACCCAGAGUGAUGCUUCCAGCCUGGGCCUUGAACUUGGACCCAGGUCGACUUACCAUCUAUACUGGCCCCAAUGGCAGCCACUUUGGAUUUUCACUGGACUUCUACAAGGACAGCCAUGGGAGCGUGGCCAUAGUGGUGGGUGCCCCGAGGACCUUGGGCCGCAACCAGGAGGAAAUGGGAGGCGUGUUCCUGUGCCCCUGGAGGGCAGAGGGCGACCAGUGCACCCUGCUACACUUCGACCUAAAUGAUGAGACCCGGAAAGUAGGUUCCCAAACUUUCCAAACCUUCAAGGCCCAGCAGGGACUGGGGGCCACGAUCGUCAGCUGGAAAGACAACAUUGUGGCCUGCGCCCCCUGGCAGCACUGGAACGUCCUAGAUAAGAACGACGAAGCCGAGAAGACGCCGGUGGGCAGCUGCUUCGUGGCUCAGCUCCGGGACGGGAGCCGCGCCGAGUACUCGCCCUGUCGCUCCAACAUCAUGAGCCGGGUUUACGUGAAGAACGAAUUCAGCGGAGACAAGCGCUAUUGCGAAGCGGGCUUCAGUGCGGUGGUCACCCAGGCCGGAGAGCUCGUGCUUGGGGCCCCCGGAGGCUACUUUUUCUUGGGUCUGCUGGCGCGCGCCCCCCUGGCCACGGUCAUCUCCAGCUACCGCCCGGGCACCCUGCUGUGGCACGUGCCCAGCCAGCGCUUCACCUACGACUCCAGCAACGCCGAGCACUUCGACGGCUACCGGGGGUACUCCGUGGCCGUGGGCGAGUUCGAUGGGGAUCCCAGCACGACAGAGUAUGUCUACGGCGCCCCCACCUGGAGCUGGACGCGGGGAGCGGUGGAGAUUUUUGACCAGUUCUACCAGACGUUGCAUCGACUGCGAGGAGAGCAGAUGGCUUCAUAUUUUGGGCACUCGGUGGCUGUCACUGAUGUCAACGGGGAUGGGAAGGACGACCUGCUGGUGGGCGCGCCCCUGUACAUGGAAAGCCGCGCUGGCCGCAAGCUGGCCGAGGUGGGGCGCGUGUAUUUGUUCCUGCAACCUCGGGGGUCCCACGCCAUGGGCGCCCCCAAUCUCCUGCUGACCGGCACGCAUCUCUACGGUCGAUUUGGUUCAGCCAUCGCACCCCUCGGCGACCUCAAUCGGGAUGGUUACAAUGAUGUUGCUGUGGCUGCUCCCUAUGGGGGUCUCAGCGGUCGUGGCCAGGUGCUAGUGUUUCUGGGUCAGAGUGAGGGGCUCAGCUCCCGGCCCUCCCAGGUUCUGGACAGCCCCUUUCCUGUGAACUCUGCCUUUGGCUUCUCCCUGCGUGGUGCUAUAGACAUCGAUGACAACGGAUAUCCAGACCUGCUAGUGGGUGCUUAUGGAACCAGCAAGGUGGCUGUGUACAGGGCUCAGCCAGUAGUGACGGCCACCCUCCAACUGCUGGUGCAAGACUCGCUGAAUCCGGCUGUGAAGAACUGUGUCCUGAGCCAGACUAAUAAGCCAGUGAGCUGUUUUAAGGUGGAGAUGUGCGUGGGAGUCACUGGGUAUAACAUCCCUCCGAAGCUUCGCAUAGACGCGGAGCUACAGCUGGACCGGCAGAAGCCCCGCCAGGGCCGCCGAGUGCUACUGCUCAUCUCCCAGCAGUCCGGGACCACCCUAAGCCUGGAGCUGGGCAAGAAAGACAACUCCAUAUGCCACUCCAUCUCGGCCUUCCUCCGGGAUGAAGCAGACUUCCGGGACAAGCUGAGCCCCAUUGUGCUGAGUUUCAAUGUGUCCCUGCACCCCGAGAAGGACGGACGAGCCCCCCCGCUGGUGCUGCAUGGAGACACCCAUAUCCAGGAGCAGACCCGAAUCAUCCUGGACUGUGGAGAUGAUGACAUCUGCGUGCCUCAGCUGGAGCUCACGGCUGACGUGACAACGGGCUCCCCGCUCCUCAUCGGAGCCGAUAAUGUGCUGGAGCUGCAGAUAGAGGCAGUCAAUGAGGGCGAGGGGGCCUACGAGGCGGAGCUAGCUGUGCACUUGCCCCCUGGUGCCCACUACAUGCGGGCCCUCAGCAACAUAGAGGGCCUCGAGAGGCUCAUCUGUAACCAGAAGAAGGAAAAUGAGACCAAGGUGGUGCUGUGUGAACUGGGCAACCCCAUGAAGAAAAAUGCCCAGAUAGGAAUCAGGAUGUUGGUGAGUGUGGGGGACCUGGAAGAGGCCGGGGAGCACGUGUCCUUCCGGUUGCAGAUCAGAAGCAAGAAUAGCCAGAACCCCAACAGCCCAGUGAAGCUGCUAGAGGUGCCAGUGCGGGCAGACGCCCAUGUCGAAUUGCGAGGGAACUCCUUCCCGGCCUCGCUGGUGGUGGCUGCAGAAGAGGACAACGGAGAAAUCAGCUCUGACAACUGGGGCCCCAAAGUGGAGCACACUUAUGAGCUGUAUAACAAUGGCCCUGGAUCUGUAAGUGGUCUCCAGCUUGGCCUCCAGCUCCCUGGACAAUCUGGGCCCUCUGACCUGCUCUACAUCCUGGACAUAGAGUCUCAAGGGGGGCUGCAGUGCUCCUCACAGCCCUCUCCCAACCCCCUGAAGCUGGACUGGAAGCCGCCCACCCCCAGCCCUUCCUCUGUGCCUGCGGUCCACAAGCGAGAACGCAGGAGCUCACUUCUGGCCAAGCAGCCUUCCCGGCUUCAGGAUCCUGUCCUGGUGAGCUGCGACGCAGUGGCACCCUGCACAGUGGUGCAGUGUGAACUGCAGGAGAUGGCACGCGGGCAGCGAGCCAUGGUCACGGUGCUGGCUCUCCUGUGGCUGCCCAGCCUCCGACAGAGGCCCCUAGAUCAGUUUGUGCUAGAGUCUCGCGCUUCGUUCAACGUGUCCUCCCUGCCCUACACGGUGCCCGCUCUCAACCUGCCCCGGGGGGAUGCACUGGUCCAGACGCAGUUACUGCGGGUCCUGGAGGAGAGGGACAUUCCCAUUCUGGUGGUGCUGGUAGGUGGGCUUGGCGGCUUGCUGCUGCUCACCCUCCUCAUCCUCGCCAUGUGGAAGGUUGGUUUCUUUAAGCGCAACCGGCCACCCCUGGAGGAAGAUGAUGAUGAUGAAGAGUAAUGAGGACUAUGAGGAGCAGGUGUCCCUCAAGACAAGUGGUUCCAUUCCUGCUUCUUCAGUGAAUGCCCCCAAAUAACCCUGCUCACCCCUAGAUUGUAUCACAGACUCCUCCUUAUUGUGCCCCUCCCCAAAA